GCACGCACACACACACACACACACACCAACAGCCUCAAAACCUGCACAUUGCAAAUACACAUCAAUGACAUGCACACAUCCAGAGGUAGGGGUGGGUGUGCCUGGUUUUGGCGUGUGCGUUGCCAGAUGUUUGUUUGCCAUGGCCGCCGUGCUUAAUCCAAAACACGGAGGCAGCGGCGAGCAGGAUUUAUGUGCGGCCAUGAAGCCGCCAUCUGUCGGCUGCACUGUGCGUCCGAACGCAGACAGCGACAGCAGGAGCAGCGCGGACCUCUGGGCGCCUCCAGUCAGCCGGACCCGGAACGCUGGGCUCACAGAUCCAGAGCAGGCCUGGUGCCAUCAUGGGGAAGAUGGGCAGUAAAGUGUUGACCGAGGCCUCUGUGGACGGAGCGCCGCCCCAGCUCCCCCCACCCGCCCCUGUAGCUGCUGUUAAGUUUGAGGAUCUGACCAAGACCAAGCAGAUGAAGGUGAAGUUGACCCAGCUGGGGCUCGUCUUCUUCCUGCUCCUCUCCCUGGUCAUGACCGGCUGCUUCCUGUGGCAGUACCAGCUGCCCAAGCUCCAUGCAGACGCGGGACUUGGUCGUAACUCCCGAGCGGAGGAGAUGUGUCCCCGGUACCCGGAGCCGCGCCCCCUGGAGCACCCCAUCCCCAUUCUGAAGGAAUCACUGGAGAAGGUGGACGCGCUCCUCCGCCAGAGCGUCAACGCCGUCAGCCUGCCCGCGCUGUCCGCCAUCGUCAUCUUCAACGACACUGUGCUGUGGACCGGCAACUUCGGGAAGAGGAACCGGACGGACCCCAACUCCGGCCCCCCUAACGAGUACACCAUCUACAGGAUCGCCAGCCUCUCCAAGAUCUUCCCCACGCUGAUGCUGUACAAGCUGUGGGAGGACGGGCGCAUCGGCUCCCUGGACGACCCCCUGGAGAAGUACAUCGAGAACUUCACCAUCAAGAACCCGCUGGGGAGGAUGCGGGACUCUGAGCUGAAGUACGUGACGGACGGGUUGAUCUUCCUGGACAGCGGCGAGGUGUCGAUCCGCUCCUCCUCCGUCACGCUGAGAAGGAUGGCGAGCCAGCUCUCAGGACUCCCGAGGAGGCUGCGAGCCACCAGCCUGCUCUGGAAGGGGAAAACCCAUUCGGCCCUCAAUCUGCUCCAGGACGAUGUGCUGGUGGCCGACCCGGGCACCAAGUGUCACUACAGCAACCUGGCCUUCUCCCUGCUGGCCCACACCAUGGCGGAGCGGGUCCUGGGCGUGGACUACCAGCGCUGGGUCAUGGACAACGUCCUGGAGCGGCUUGGCAUGGAGGACACGGGCUUCGACCUCGGCCCCGGGCUGCAGGCCCAGCUGGCCGUGGGCGUGUACUCCAGCGGCCAGCCCGCGCCGCUCUACGACCUGGGCUGGUACCGGCCCUCGGGGCAGAUGUUCUCCACGGCCGCGGACCUGGCCAAGCUGGCCAUGAUGCUGCUGGGGACGUACCACCGCAAGCUCCUGGAGCCCGACACCCUGAAGAUCAUGCUCACGCCGCUGUUCCGCUGCGAGAAGGACUACUUUGCCAACCGCACCGGCACGCCGUGGGAGGUGAACGAGCAGCUGGGCUACGAGGUGGUGCGCAAGGACGGGGACCUGGACGGCUACUCGGCCACCUUCUCCCUGGUGCCCCGGCUGAAGCUGGGCCUGGUGGUGCUGAUGGCCGGGGCCCGGCCGGCGGGGCAGGACCUGGUGGCCCAGACCUACGGCCUCAUCGUGCCCGCCCUGGAGAGGGCCUUCCGCGAGGCCAGGAAGGGGCUGUCCCCGCCCCCCAACCCGGAGGCCUACGUGGGCUUCUUCACCUACGGGAACAUCACCUUCUACCAGAUCCGGGCGGGCCCCGACGGGGUGCUCAGCAUGCAGCAGUUCGGGCCCCAGAUCGAGGAGCUGAUCCCGGAACGCUACCGAACCAUCAAGCUCAACUACCUGGUGGAGCGGGUGUUCCGGGUGGUGUUCGAGAAGGAGUACCCCUGCGUGCUGCGCGUGAGCACCGCCUCGGUGUCUCUGGAGGCCCAGGACGGGCAGCUCUUUAACUUCUACACGCUGGACCGCCGGGGGCUGUCCCCCGGGUUCGACGCCCCGGGACUCAACACGUACAACGUGGUUCGAAUCGCGCGGAAACCCUCCUUCUCCAGCUAGGCAGCGCGGUGCCGCUACCGUCCGGUCGCUGGGAUUGACUCCAGCAGAGGGGCAGACGGAUCUGAGCGGCUGAGAACGGGACCUCCAGGACCUUCAGGAAGCCUCUACGGAGCAGGAGGACAAUGGGAAGCGAGGCGCGGUGAGGAACAGGAGACGCGUUGUGCUGACCUUUAUUCGUGAAAUCUGUUGUACAGAAGAUCAAUUUAUUUAUUUUGUGUAAAGAAAUGACCCGUGUCAAACGCUGUCGAUCAGUUCGAUAUAUCACUCAUACAUACUGGUAUUUUAGGGAUGCACUGAUAUAAAUGUUUGAUGUACAAUAUUGUAUCAGUAGAUGUGGGUAAAUUGCUGAUAUCAAUCGCCAUACACAAAAAUGUCUCUGUUCAUAAGAACCGAAACACAGACGGCGUCAAGCGAUGAUCAAUACCGGAAUCAGUCCACCAAUAUACUAAGAGGCCACCCCAGAUGUUGCCUAUACCUGUGGUGAGUGUGUCUUGUCUUGACUGCCUUUCUUAUGCUGUCUUUGCCGUAUGUGUACUCCUCUUCCCUUGUCAUGGUCAACAUGUUCCAUGGGUUUGCGUUACAGAAGCUCAGUGAUCCAAUGUCCUCAUUCAGCUGCAGACCCGGUCGCGGGUCGUGUUUCGUUCUGUUCGUCUGGUCUCUCAUUGGGGGGGGGGGGGGGGGGGGGUCAGGCGUAUGGUCUGCAGGUGGACAUCAACAAGCUCGUCAUUGGAUGUUCUUUGUUCUGUCCUGGUAAUUUAUUUUGUACAGAUGGCAAAAUAAGGAAUUAUGAGAUCCUUUCAUUAAUGUAAGUCUUUGUCGUCUUUGAUGCAAAUGCUAAUGUUUGGGUCAUGCUGCCGUGGCAACAGGAUGUUGCAAUAAACAACAGAGAUGGUG